GAGGAGGAACUGACUCUGGGUGAGAGAUGGGUUACACCCUGGACUGGUCGCCAGCCAGUCGCAGGGCGCAAUGAGGCAAAAAAGUAUUCACAGUCACCCCCGAGGACAAUUUGGCAUCUUUAAAUAACCUAACAUCAACAGCACGCCGCGCCAUUUGCAGACCACAAAAAGAAAACCGGCUAGAAGCCGCGCAGCAGAAGAGCGCGGACAUGUUCGCCAAGGUCGUCACCGGCUUCGCCUCACGCACCCUCCGGCCCCGCCGCUGGAUCCACACCAAGACGCCGGCGGCGGCGGCGGCCUCAGCGUCGGCCGAGCCCGCGAGGGAACCGGCGUCCACCUGCCCCGGUGCGGUGUCCGACGGCAUCGGCCGGGUGAAGACCAUGGACGAGUUGGCCGGGCCGAGCUUCCUGCGCACGCUUUACUGGCUCUUUGUCAAAGGAUACUUCCAGACCACGCAGCAGAUGCAAAUCGAGCACAAGAAGCUGUACGGGCCCCUGUGGAAAUCCACGUACGGACCCCUGGUGGUCGUGAACGUGGCCAGCGCCGAGCUCAUCGAGCAGGUUCUGCGCCAGGAGGGCCGGCAUCCGGUCCGCACCGACAUGCCGCACUGGAGGCACUACCGAGAGGUCCGCAACCAAGCCCACGGGCCCCUCACCGAGAUGGGGGCCAAUUGGCAGCGUAUCCGCAGCAUCCUGAACCCUCGCAUGCUGAAACCGAAACACGUGGCCUCCUACGCGGACACCAUCAACCCGGUGGUGGCCGACUUUGUGGAGCGACUCCGCUGCUUGCGGCAGCAUAACGCCGGCGGCGCCACCGGCCUGGUGCACGACAUGACCGAAGAACUUUAUAAGUUUGCUUUUGAAGGCAUCUGCUCGGUGCUGUUCGAGACGCGGCUGGGCUGCCUGGAGCGGGACGUGCCCGAGGCGACGCAGAAGUUCAUCUGGUCGGUGGGAGAAAUGUUCCGGCUGUCUUCCAUCGUCAUCCUGUUCCCAAAGCGCUACUGGCCCUACCUGCCCUUCUGGAACAAGUUUGUGGCCGCCUGGGACCACCUCUUCAAAUUCUCGGAGGAGCUGGUGCAGAAGAAGCUGGAGGAGCUGGGGAGGAAGGAGCAGGCGGAUGGCGACGUGGAGGGCGCCUACCUGACCCACCUGCUGCUCAGCGAGAGGAUGAGCCUCACCGAGAUCUUGGGAAGCGUCACCGAACUCCUGCUGGCGGGAGUUGACACGACAUCCAACACCAUUUCAUGGGCUCUAUACCAUCUGGCCAAGGAGCCUGGCAUCCAAGAUCAACUCCACCGGGAAGUGGAGGCUGUUUGCUCCGCCUCCCGUGGGAUGCCCACCGCUGAAGGAAUCGCUCGGAUGCCCUUCCUGAAGGCGGUCGUUAGGGAGACCUUGCGGCUUUACCCCGUCGUACCGGGAAACGCUCGCCUCACUGUGGAAAAUGAGAUCGUGGUGGGGGAUCAUCUCUUUCCCAAACGUACUCUGUUCCACCUGUGCCAUUAUGCCGUUUCACACGACGACAGCGUUUUCCCCGAGCCGAAUCGUUUCCUACCUGAGCGAUGGCUGCGGCAGGAAAACACAAAGCAGCAGCAACACCCAUUUGGAUCGGUGCCAUUCGGGUUCGGGAUCCGGGCCUGCCUGGGCCGGCGGGUGGCCGAGCUGGAGAUGUACCUGCUGCUGUCCACGUUGAUCGCUCGCUUUGAGGUGAGGCCUGACCCGAACAGCACCGGUCCCGUCAAACCCAUCACCAGGACUCUGCUGUGCCCGGCCACGCCCAUCAACCUUAUCUUCAAGGACAGAUGAGGAUGAAAGAAUGAUUUUAGCCCCUCCUUUGUUGAAGUGACCGUAUUUCAAAAUGUGGUUUAAUUUUACAUUUUGUUUAUAGAGGGGUAGCCAAUGCCAUGUAGGUGAUUUUAUUUUCCUGUUUAAAAAGAUUAUUGACAUUUUAUGCCUCAUUACAUUUUGUAUUUAUUGCCAAAUAUGCUUUGGAAAUUUCGGAUUGAACUUCAAUCACUUUAUUUUUGGAUAGUAGGAUCUGAGGCAUGUCUACAGUUUCGUUGCACUUCCCGAUGAUUAAAAAAAGUCGUAUUUAUUUUA